UUUAAACAUAUUCUUAAUGUCAAGAAAUUUUUACAUGAAAAAAUAGAGUAAACGUUGGUAAAAGAUCAAUUAAUAAGGGCAUAGGUGUGGUGUGACUCCUUCUCCAACACAACAUCCACACCCACACCCCACAAUUAUGACCAAGCAAUCAUCCAUCAUUAACACAUAAUCAAAAUAAACUGAAUCAUUCAAAAAAUUCAAGACAUGAAGCAGAAAUUGAUUUAUCAACUGAACCUGAUUUUUGUAAUCGUGUUGAAAAUUCCUAUAGACCAAGUGAUUGAAAUAAAAUUGAUGCUAACAAUAAAAUUUUACGUGAUGUUAAAACAAUAUUAAAUAAAAUAACAUUACAAACAUAUGAUAAAUUACACAGGAAAAGCUUGAAGCAUUAGAAAUCGAUCGUUAUGAACGAUUAAAAGAAAUGUUUACGCUAUUUUAUUAUAAAGUAAAUUCUCUUGUUAGUCUUCUAUUAAUUUUCAACAAGUCUGUUGUUUUCUCAGACUGUUGAUGAACCACUCUACAGUUUUCUAUAUGCAAAAUUAUGUAAACAAGUUCAAAAAGUAUAAUUUUGAUUUAUUUGGUUUUUCUUCUUCUAGAAAGAAGCCACUGUACCAGAUGAAAAUGGUAAACUAAUCACACAUUAUUUUCCUCAAAUGUUAUUAACACGUUGUCAAGAAGAAUUCGAAAAUGAUUAUUGACAAAAAAUUGAAUAUGAAAAAGCAAAACUGAAAUUGAAAUUAUGACAGAUGAAAAAAAACAUAAAGAAGAAGCGAAAAAAAAAUAGAAGAAGAUCUUAUUAUCGUGUAAGUAUAUUUAUGAACUAUAAACUAAUAUUAAAAACGAAAACAUAUCGUGGAGAUCAUUCAGACGAGUACUAUUCUAAAAUUAAAAGUUUAUGCACAGAGUACAUUAGUAGUGCUGUGUGAGAGAAACUUCUUUUCGAUUCCCGAAUAUUCUGUCGGAAGAAUUUUUCUAUAUACAGUCUCAUCCGGGAUUGGAGCUGAGGUUUGGAUGUGGGUGCGCUGUUGUGAAUCUUCUCUUCAAGGAUACCCACCCUUAAACUAUUACUCACACAUCUCCACUCGAACACUUUUGAGUUUUGUCUCAUAAGAUUCCUUAAAAUAUUUAUUUGGAUUUUUUCUCUUCGAUUUCGUAAAUAUUCUGAUCAAUCGAAAAGGCAAUAUUUUGUUUUUUGACAUAUGAAGUUUCCUAUGACACAUUGCCAAAAUUAAAGUUAGCCUUUCUUUUUCUUCUUAUCAUUAAAAUCUCGUAUAGUAUUAAAUUUGAUGUAUUAGUAAGAAAAUUUGUUGAACACUAAUGCACAUUUCUGUAUGAUAAUAAUAUUUAAAAAAAAAAGUAAAUCUUUAUUUAUUUUAGUUUUAUUAGUGAACUAUUUAAAUUACAAAUGUUAACCGAGAGUAUCAUGUAUGAUUGUAUUGAAUAUCUACUUCGUGAUAAAACUGGUGAAGAAAGUCUUGAAUAUUUAUAUCGUCUUUUACGUACUAUUGGUAAAGAACUUGACACUAAAGCUAAUGAAAAAGAAUGA